AAGAAGGCUAGACUGUCUCUGACAGCAAAAAUACGUCUGUCGCUGGAGAGACAAACACAAAAUUUUCGACCCUGGUGCUUGUCCUUUAAUUUGAACGUCCGAAUGGUUUAGUAGUCGAAGGAACAUCAACAUGGCAGAUAUUUGGGAGCAUCUCUCGAUGACGUCGAAACUACGGGUGCCACUUUUCGCCUUUCUUCUCUUUCUUGUUGUCUCCCUGGGUGACGCCAGGCUGCACCGGACACGGAGCGUCAGCCCCUCGACGGAGGAAACGGUAGAAACUUACGACAAAUACUACAAUUAUGUUGGCCUAACCAGUCGUUUACAGUUCUUAGCCCAGAAAUACCCUCACAUAGCCAACCUGUCGAGCAUAGGACAGUCUGUGAAGGGCAGGGAGCUCUGGGUGAUGCGGAUCACCAAGGACCCAAACGUAGACGCACCGGGGAAACCCAAAUUUAAAUACGUUGGGAACAUGCACGGCGACGAAACCGUGUCCAGGCAGGUGCUGGUGUACCUUGUGGAGUACCUGCUGACUAAAUAUGGGGAAGAACCCCGUAUUUCUGAGCUGGUAAACAACACGGAUAUUUACAUCAUGCCCAGCAUGAACCCUGACGGCUUUGAGAAGUCCAGAGAGGGGGACUGCAGGGGAACCAGCGGGGGUCGAAACAAUGCCAAAAAUAUGGACCUCAACAGAAGCUUUCCUGACCAGUUUGAUGGCACGAGUGUCAGUCCAGAUAAGAUCCCCGAGGUCAUGGCUGUGAUCAGAUGGAUCCAGGAGAAAAAAUUCGUGCUGUCUGGGAACCUGCAUGGCGGCACUGUUGUUGCCAGCUACCCUUUUGAUGACUCAGCCUCCCACCAGCGGCAGGGCAGCUACAGCCAAACGGCGGAUGACAGUCUGUUUCGCUACUUGGCCCAGGUGUAUUCUCACAACCACCCUGUGAUGAAGACUGGUCAGCCAAACUGUUCCGAUGACUUGGAAGAAACCUUUGAAGAUGGCAUCAUCAAUGGGGCGCAGUGGUAUGAUGUGCCAGGAGGGAUGCAGGACUACAACUACCUUAAUGGAAACUGUCUGGAAAUCACCAUGGAGCUGAGCUGCUGCAAAUACCCUCCUGCUUCUGAGCUCCAUAAGGAAUGGGAUCUGAACAGGGAAUCUCUACUAGCCUACAUUGAAAAGGUCCAUAUAGGUGUCCGUGGGUACGUGAAAGAUGCCAUCAGUGGGGCUGCUCUCACCAAUGUCAGUAUUGUGGUGGUCGGCAUUAAACACAACCUUACCACAGCAAAAUAUGGGGACUACUACCGCCUCCUACUCCCAGGAACCUACAACAUCACAGCUGUGGCCCCAGGGUACACAUCAAUGACAGUCCACAGUGUCCAGGUCCUAGAGGGCAAAGCCACAGAACUUAACUUUACUUUGGCACCUGUGGUCAGUGAGGCUGCAGGUACCACCACUGUGACUACAAACUCGAUGCCAUCCACCAGUGAUCCAAGACUUCCCACCACUACCAGCUCUUCAAACUCCAGCCAGACCAGCUCUCCUUUGCUUCCUCCUGAACACCAGCCCAUCCAGCCCCAGGAAUUUCGUCACCACAACCACGCAGACAUGGAGCUCUUCUUACGCAAGUACAGCAGCGAGUUCCCCUCUAUUGCCCAUCUUUACUCAGUUGGCCGUUCGGUGGAAGAGCGUGAGCUCUAUGUGAUGGUCAUCUCAGACAACCCCACGAUCCAUGAGCAUGGUGAGCCAGAGUUUAAGUAUAUAGCCAACAUGCACGGUAAUGAAGUGGUGGGCCGGGAGUUACUGCUCAACCUCAUCGAGUACCUGUGCCGUAACUAUGGCACUGACCCAGAAGUCACUAAGUUGGUCAACAGUACCCGUAUUCACAUCAUGCCUUCUAUGAACCCUGAUGGAUAUGAGGUAGCCAGCGAAGGUGAUGUAAAGGGCUACAAAGGGCGCAACAACAGCAACAAUUUUGACCUGAACCGUAACUUCCCAGACCAGUUUGUCACCAUCACAGAGCCCAGACAGCCAGAGACUAUAGCUGUGAUGAGUUGGCUGAAGAGCACCCCCUUCAUCCUGUCAGCCAACCUGCAUGGAGGUUCCUUGGUGGUCAACUACCCCUACGAUGAUGACAAAAAUGGGAAAACUCAGUAUAGUCAGUCACCUGAUGAUAAAGUCUUUCAGCAGGUGUCUAGAGCCUACUCACAGGAGAAUCAUCUGAUGCACAAUGGACACCCUUGUGAGGACCUGUACCCUGAUGAAUAUUUUGAGGAUGGCAUCACCAACGGUGCCAAGUGGUACAAUGUCCCUGGUGGCAUGCAGGACUGGAACUACUUAAACACCAACUGUUUUGAGGUAACCAUCGAGCUGGGCUGUGUGAAGUACCCCAUGGCCAAGGAUCUGCCAAAAUACUGGGAACAAAACCGACGAGCCCUGCUUCAGUUUAUUCACCAGGUCCACACUGGAGUAAGGGGCACCGUCUCUGACAGUAGGGAUGGUACAGGGAUUCCCAAUGCCACCAUUAGCGUGGAGGAUAUAGACCACAACGUCACCACAGCUCAUACUGGAGACUACUGGAGACUGCUGGUUCCUGGGACUUACUCGAUCACUGCCUCUGCUCAUGGAUAUAAAUCUGUGAGGACCUAUGCCACAGUCUCAAAGGAUAGUGUAGAGUUGGUGGACUUCAGGCUGACACGUGUACACUCAGACUCUAAUGGCCAGCCUCUCAAGGGUCCCCAACCCACCCAGAACCCAUCUGAGGAGGAAUUCCAGAGCUUAAUCAAGAACCUCUCUCUGGGCCAGGGUUUGGAGCAGCUGGUCAGGAACACAGCCACAGAGAACGGCUUCCGCUACCGACACUACAAAGAGCUGUCCGCCUUCGUGAGAGGCCUCACACUUAACUUUCCAGAGAUUACUUCUUUACACAGUUUGGGCCAAAGUGUAGAGUUUCGAACCAUUUGGGCCCUGGAAAUCUCCAACAAACCAGGGGAAGCAGAACCGUCUGAGCCCAAAAUCCGCUUUGUAGCAGGGAUCCAUGGCAAUGCCCCAGUGGGCACAGAGCUGCUGCUGGAGUUUGCUGCCUUCCUAUGUAUCAACUAUGGCAAGAACCCAACCAUCACUCGUCUAAUCAAUGAGACCCGUAUCGUCAUUGUGCCCUCCAUCAACCCGGAUGGACGAGAGCAGGCUGUUGAGAAGCAGUGCACCUCCACCCAGGGCUUGAGCAAUGCUCAUGGCAAGGAUCUGGACACAGAUUUCUUUGGAAAUGCCUCUCAGCGUGUGGUUGAGACCCAACCCGAGACCAGAGCGAUGAUGGAUUUGAUUCUAGACAAGAGCUACACUCUGUCUGUAGCCCUCGACGGAGGCUCCCUUGUAGCUACUUACCCCUAUGACAAGCCAGUCCAGUCUGUUGAGAAUGAGGGCACAUUGAAGUACUUGGCAAGUGUUUAUGCCAACAACCAUCCCAAGAUGCACCUCGGGGACACUGGAUGUUCAAAUAAUGGGCAGAUAGGCAACAUCCCAGAUGGAGUUAUGAGGGCAGCAGAGAGACAAAGUCACAUGGGAAGCAUGAAGGACUUCAGCAUGGACUUUGGCCACUGUCCAGAAAUCACAGUGUAUACUGGCUGCUGUUUGUUCCCUCCUGCUGAGCAGCUGACCACACUGUGGGCUGAGAACAAGAAGGCUCUCCUCAGCAUGUUGGUGGAGGUCCAUAAAGGGGUGCGUGGAGUGGUGAGGGACAAGAGUGGAAAGCCUAUUGUUGGGGCGAUCAUCGUACUGAAUGGGGGAGUGAGAGUCUUUACUGCAGAGGGCGGCUACUUCCAUGCACUGCUGGCACCUGGCAACCACAACAUUGAAGCUGUCGCCGAUGGCUACCAACAACAACGUCAAGAGGUGGUGGUAUCUUCCUAUGAAGCUGCUAGUUCCAUCAUCAUUGAGUUUGACAUGGACAACAGUAUCUUCGGCCUGCCCAGAGAGUUUGUGGUGGCUAGUGCAGCGGCCUCCAUGACAGCGUUGGUGGUGACGGCGUGCAUCAUCUGGUGUGUGUGCGCAGCCAAGUCUAAUCGUCAAAAAGAUGGCUUCCACCGUUUGCGGCAGCACCGAGAUGAUUAUGAAGAUGAGAUCCGGCUCACCUCUAUGGGCUCCAAGAAGUCGCUGCUUGCCCAUGAGUUCCAGGAUGAGAGUGAAAGCGAUGAGGAGACACUGUAUGCCAACAAAAUCUGAGAAGCGUUGCACUAAUUUGGCAGCUUGCUCAAUAUUUUGUUUUGAUCUCCCCCUUUAAUUUAACCCCUGGCCAACAAAGAACAGGUUCAAAUCUAGGCAGCAUCUCUAUCGUUUUCCUUAUGACCAAGAUAUGAGUGGUAAAGACACUUUCUUAUGUUGUACCAACAAGCUCUGGGGGCUUGUUUCCAGUCUCUGUUAUUAGUGCUACUAAAUUAAUACAGAGUGUCCCUGCUGGUGUCUGGACUCAACGGCUGGCUUUUUUUUUUUUUUUUGCUCCAUCUCUACCUGACUGGAUCAGGAGAAAAAGAUGGGUGACAGUCAAAAAUAGAAAAUUGGUCCACUGUGGCCCCCAUCCGUCCAGGUUUCGAGUCCGAGCCACCCAAGAGUGCUCUUUUAGACCACUACCUGUCCUGCCUGGCUGGGGGUUCCAGCUGAGAAGUCCAAAUAAACUCUUUAGUGGAUGUGUAAUGAACUCUGGAUGAAAGUGCUCAAUCUAACACAAUCUCCCCACUGAUAUCAUGCAUUUCUUUAAAUACUGCUUUUGAGUUAGGAAAUUUGAAUUGUUUUAUCCAAGACAGAAUUGCCUCAUUGAAGUGUCCGAGCCUUUUGGGAGACUGAAUCCAAUACUGUGCCUUGGCUUCUUGUAAAGUUUACAGUCUGCUCGGGUUGUGGUAUGUGAUAGAAAACAACAACAUAGUGAAUAGAUCAUACUUGGUCCAUGUUGGAAUUUGAUCCAUCCUAUACUCAGGUGGUAGGAGAAGAAAAAUCACGAUUAAGAGACUGCUGAAUUCCAAUGUUGCACUGUGUCUGCACAGAUGACUCUAGGCUGGCGGGCCUGGGUUCAGUAGUUUUCUUUUUUUUUCCUGUGAGUUGAUGUGUUGGCAAAAAUCAUAAUUGGGGUGAGCUUUUCAAAAGCUUUAAAGCAUCAGGGAGUAAUCUGUUACCAGUGAAAUGCUUGAAUGAAACCCUUCCCAGUAAGUGCAGGGUGCUCUAAUGUAUGCGUGGAGGUCACUUGCACUAAAUGGAAAGCAAGGAUUGUCCCAUAUCAUUGGCCAGGGAGAAAACUAUGAAUCUCUAAAGAUGUAAUCACAAAGAAGAAUGUAUUUGUUUUUCCCUUUUAUGUUUUAACUAUAGGUUUGUUGUAGGGCAAUUUCAAACUGUCUGUACAUGGAAAGUCAAUGCUGAUUUUCAUGCAUGUCGCAUUGAGUUUGUGCCCUGUUUUUGUGCAUUUUCACCAUGUCUAUAAUUUCUCACAAUAAGCAAUAUCAAGUCUGUUUUCAUUUGUAUAUGUUAGUGUUUAUUCCCCCACCAAACAGUACUUGGGAGUGCAAAAGUUAUGCCUGAUUUGUCCGUCCAUUGAUGAUUACGGUCUACGAAUCAAUGUCAGUGCCACCCAUUGUACAUGAUUUAAAGGUCCAGUGCAAAGAAAUUAAUAUUUUCCAAAUGGCCUAGAGAUCACCAACCGUUCGACUGUGAGGUGUUGUCGGACCUUUGACUUGAGACUUUUGUCAGACAAAAGCUUAACGCUACUCAGUAAAUACCUACCAUUGUGGUGUAAAGUUGAUUUCUUUGAGGUUUAAUAUGCAAUGUCAAAGAUGCUCAUAGUCCUCAGACAGUUGUCAGGGACACUGGAAAAAAAGACUACUGACAGAUUGCUUUAAAGAGCAAUGUAGUCUGGUGUGAAAUGAUGUAAUUUGCCAUUUCUCUCAUGUUAAAGGUACACUGCAGGAAAAAAAAUGUAUAGAUUCAUACAAAAGUAAUCCCUCUCAGUCAUCACUGAUGACCCACUAGAACUCAGUGGGUCAUCUCUAGACAAAAAAAUUUAAGUAGGUUAUAAGGACAAACCAGUGGAGCAGGUUAGUCUGUAGACGUGCAAGCAAAGUGGAUCUUUUAUUAGAAGAAGAAAAUGCCAGAUGUUGGCAAUCCUGUGCUGAUAUGUCCAACAUGGAACAGAGUUCAACUUCAAGCAUCUUGUAGCAAAUCAGUUGAACUGUCAAGAACUAAAAUUAUGGUUUUCUUUAAUCCAUGUGUAACCAUUCCUUACUGAAUUCAAAUCCUUGCACUGGAUCAUUAAAAUCAGGUCUUAAAUUUUGAAUGCUAUGCAUGCUUUUCAUCACAUACAUAUACACUCUUGGUCAUGAAAGAAUUUGCCUUGAUUUCUAUUUACUUUUAGAAGCCAUACUUUGCUUCUCCUUUUAAAGAAAUGCAGCUGUCAUCAGUAAAGUCAAACCUGAUAUCUGUGUAGAGAGACAAUUUUGUAUAUUAUUUUUCUUUUACUGUACCUGUGAAUGCGUGUGUAUGAAUUUUGAAAGUUGAGCGUAUGUCAGGGUCAUGCAGUGUUAGAAGAUUUUAUAUAAACUGGAAUCAACUGUUAAUAAUGUUUGCUGAUUGUGAAUGGGAAGUGCGAUUCAUAUUCACCAUGAAUAGGCACAAAAACUCAAAACACAAUGAAAUAAAAAAUCUGUGUUGCAUUGUA